AUGGCGGCCGCGGGCUGGGCUCCCACCCACGUGCGGGUGACGGUGCUGCGGGCGCGGGGGCUGCGCUCCAAGGCGGCGGCGGGCGGCAGCGACGCGUACGCGGUGAUGGCGCUGGGCCGCGACAAGUUCCGCACGUCGGUGGCCGAGCGGUGCCGGGGGGAGCCGCUGUGGCGGGAGGAGGCCACGUUCGAGCUGCCGGCGCGGCCCGCGGCGCUGCGCCUGACGGUGCUGCACCGAGCCCUGGCCGGAGCCGACAAGUUCCUGGGCCGCGCCGAGGUGGAGCUGGCGGCGCUGAGGGACGGCGGCGGCCCGCGGCACACCAGGUGGUACAAACUUCACUCCAAACCAGGGAAGAAGGAAAAAGAGAGAGGGGAGAUCGAGGUGGAUAUCCAGUUCAUGAGGAGCAACAUGACAGCCAGCAUGUUUGAUCUGUCCAUGAAGGACAAGCCCCGCUCCCCCUUUGGGAAGCUCAAAGACAAGCUCAAGGGCAAGAGGAGCAGCGGCCUCUCGGACACGGCGUCGGCCAUCGUCCCCAGCACGUCCCACUCCCCUGCUGACAGCGAGGACGAGGCGGUCGAGAAGGAGAAGAAGAAAUCCAAGUUCAAAGCGCUGUUCUCCAAGCCUGGCCUGCAGAAGACGUCCCUGUCCCAGUCCAUGUCAGUGCUGCCCACCCAGCAGCCCCUCACCCAGAGGGUUCGGCUGCGGCCCAGCGACUUCCAGGCGCAGUGGGAUGAGGAGGAGUCCCAGCCCUCUCCUGCCUCAGAACGAUCCUUUGAAAAUGCGCUGGAGGAGAAGCCAGCUCCUUCUCCUCUGUUUAAAUCCCGUAAACCAGCCUUUUUGGACAGUAGGCAGCUAACCCAAGGCACCACUAACCACACCAAAAAAGAUGGGCUCUCUUUGUUCAGUGGCCUUAAAUCCAAAAGCGAUCCCGUGUCCAAGUCCAGUCUGUGCAUCAAUGGCACUCACGUUUAUAUGGAAGAGACCACGACGAAGGACAAGACUCCAGCCUCCUCCCCCUCUCCUCACAACCUCAGGAGGAAGCAGCACUUUGCUUCAGAGGAGAACCUGUCCUCCAGGCCCACUAAAUCACCUGAGGAGAUGGGCAGAACCUCUCCUGCUCAGGCUUUCUCUGGGUCCACGUCCUUGGAGACCUUCAAAUCCAUGACUUUGCCGUCAUACAAACUGCUCAGCAGCGAGGAGAACCUGGACACCAGCGUUCCGCCAAGCGUCGAGGCUGUUAGAGAGAGCAAAAAACCAGACCACAAAAAGUCUGCCUUGCUCUCCCUGGUCACUGGGAAGAAGGAGACGGUGAAGACCAGCGAUGCUGAGAUUAUUCCUGACAGGACCCUGCAGAGUGAAGAAGACACAAUUCCAGAAGAGAAGAGUGAAGAGGAGGCCAAGUGCCCCGAAGUCCCAGCAGAUCUGGGCGGAGGGAGCCCGUCAGGAGACGCUCCCCGUGUGGAGGAGGCCGCCACAAACCCGCAGCUGCUCAGCCCUCGUGAGGAGGAGCGGAAACCCGAGAAAGCUGCGCCAGCCAAGACCAGAGCUGUGAAACCCAGACUGGGCCUGUCUCCAGAGGAGGAACCCAAAGCCACGCUUCCUACUCUUGCACCUGUCCCCCUCCCUGCUUUUCUCUCUGUUCACCGUAUCAGCAGUGCAAAUAAUCCUUUUAUAUCUGAAGGGGGGCAGGCAGGCCGAGUGCCAGACUCUGAAAACAUCACUAGUUCUCCUGCCUCUCUCACUUCUCCUGCUUUUGCUGCAGAGCUUCGGAGUGACAAGAACCCCUUUACUCCUGAGUGGGACAGGGCGUCCAGAGCCCUGGAUCCCCAGAGCAUCGCCCGUUCCCCUUCGUCCCAUCAUCCUGCAGCCCCCGUUCCCAAAGCUCCUCUUCCUGGGCAGGUCCCUGCUAGGGGCAAUAAUCCUUUUGCUGCUGACUGGGGGCAGGGUCCCGAGGGCUCUGGCACGGAGGCUUCCAGGGGUCCCUCUGGCCCACACACACCUUCUGUCCCCUCUGACUGUCACUUCAAUGACAACAAUCCCUUCGUGUCCAGGCGUGGGGCACAGGCGGUGCCGGGUUCCCAGGCUGUCGCUGGUCCUUCCCCUUCCUGCCUUCCCGGUGGUGAGGACUGUUCCUCUGCAGGGCGCCCUGCUCGUGGUGCUUCAGGGGGCUCUGCGGAUGUGCCUUUGGCCAGGGAUGUCACAGCUGUGCCAGACCCUCUCGGCACCGUGUCUGACCCCCCUUGUGCCCCCCCUGGGCUGGCUCCAGAGCCGCACUGCGAUUCUGCCCAGCUCCAGCCCGAGGAUUCUCUGGGAAGCAGCAAGCCAGGCAGUGGGGAAUCUGUGUCCUUUGUCCUUGGGGGAUGGCAGGGUGUGCCAUCAGGUGAUGCGGGUUUGGGUGGACAGGAAGGUGGAAAGCAGCAGCAGGAUUCCAGUGGAAGGUUCUGGAUGGCUUCAGGGGCAUCAGGAGAGUCAGCAGGGUCUGGGGGUGAGCUGGGAGCAGGGGGUGCCCCAUUGACAGAGCUCUCUGGGGACAGCACACAUCCCACCUGGAACAGUGAUGGAGCAGCUCUGGAGGCCACUGGUGUCAACACUGAGCCCUGCAGGAGGGGUGACAAAGGUUUUGUGUCUGUCUCCGAGCCCAGGGACAGCCUCGUGCCCGAGGCUGAGCAGGCACCAUCCCCUGAGGGCGAGCUCAGGGAGGAGCGGGAGAGCAGUGGUGGAAAGCAGUGGGCAGAAUGUGUGCCCACGCUGGAGCCCCGGGCACCUCCACCCGCUGGAAAAGAGCCACUUUCUCAAGUCCAACCAGCCCCGAGAGCCUGCAGGGUGUCCCCUCAGGAAGGGGAUCCAGGGAGGGCUGGCAGUGACAUCCUUGUGCCCCCAAAGCCGGCCCCACGACUGGCUGCAGCGCUGAGGAAACCCCCACCCACUUCCCCGGCUGAGCUAAGGGGUGAUGGUGUCAAAUCCACCCCAAGGCUCUCGUUCCUGGAGGCUGAAGCCUCGGCUGCUCGUGGGUGCCUCCCUCAAGGUGCCUCCUUGCAGAGCGUCCCUGUUCCAGUGGCACGCAGAGGCGACAGCAGUGCCAGGCCCUUAGAAAAGGGAGGUGAUGAUGAUUUAUCUGUCGGUCUGACAAAUGUCAAAUCUGCCGUUCCUGGGGACCGGGGCUCGGCACUGGCUGGGCUUCCAGUGAUCCCGGAGGGAGGCUCCGAUGACGAGCUGCUGGGGGACUGCCAGGAGAGCUCUGGGCUCACUGCAGGUGACAGAGGUGUUUUAGGGAAUGGAGAGCAGCCCCGAGGUUUGGCAGCUGUGCAUGGAGAGCCAGGAGAGCUCUCUGAUGGCUCUGCUGCAGCCCCGGUGAUCCCGGCUGCUCCGGGAGGAGGAGGAGGAGGAGGAGCUGUUCCUGGUGCUGGUACACCGGGGGGUUUGGCUGUGCUGCCUGCUGCAGUGGGUGCUCCCAGGGUCUGUGUCCAGGGAGCAGACUCAGGCUUAGGUGUGACGUCUCCUUCCAGGGAGUGUGACAAUCACUUUGAGAAACAAGAGCUGGAAAGGAGCGUGGGUGUUGAGGAGCGUGCAGAGUGUGACUUCUCUGAGCCUUCUGCUUUCUCUUCCUCCCUGUCAAGUCCUUGCCAGCCCUACUCUUCCUCUCACUCCCUUCUCUCUGACACCCCAAGUCGUAGAGCAGAGUCUCCGAAAAAGCCAACAGCCGAGGGCUUCGCAGAUAAAGCGGGAAAUUCGGGCAAGAAGAAACUCCUCCAGGCACGGGUUUCACCCUCUGAAACGUUCCCUAACCAAACCCCACGGGGUGGUGAAACCGUGUCUCCCAAGCACAGACUCCAUCCUGUGAAGCCGAUGAAUGCCGUGGCAAACAAGCCUCAGAGCAAGAACCUGAAUGUCAUCAGCACCAUGAAUGAAAAGCUGCUGGAAAUGAGCGUGAAGAAAUACGAUCCCUCAGACCCUGCCUACGCCUAUGCGCAGCUGACACACGAUGAGCUGAUCCAGCUGGUGCUCAAACAGAAGGACACCAUUACCAGGAAGGACCUCCAGGUGCGGGAGCUCGAGGACUACAUCGACAACCUGCUCGUCAGGGUCAUGGAAGAAACCCCAAACAUCCUCCGUGUGUCCAUGUCCGGGAACAAAAAAGCUGGGAAGAUGUGAAGGGUGUCGGGGCUGAGUUCCCCCGAGGAGGGUGAGGAGCUGGUGUGGAGCAGGUGCUGCUGCCUCUGCUGCUCACUGAAAAUGACCUUUUUCCUGUUUCUGCCUUGAGCAACUCUCGGAUUGAUUAAUAGCUCCAUCAGGUGUUGUAAUGAAGUCACCUUAUCAUAUUUAUUUGUUGUUUCCUUCCCAUUAUUUGGGAAGAACAGGCAUUAAUCCAAAGGCUGGUUGUGAUGGAGGGUUUUUGAUGUGUUUUGCUUCCCAGCAAGGCGCUGAUGAUCCUUUAGGAAGAUUUUUUUAAAAAUGGGUUUUAUUUUGUAGCAGCUUUGAUAGAUCAGUUACUUUUCUUUCCACCUCUGAGGCUGUAGUGCAAUAUAAAUCCUUGUACAGUAGAGCUUGAGGAUUUGAUUGUUUUUAAAAUAAUAAUUCACUACACUGGAGAAGUCCAAAGAUGUCCCAGCUUCAGACCUGGGCUGUAAUUUAAAAGUUGACCGUAAGCUGGCCAAAUCUCAGUUCAUCUCAUCAAGUGGACAUUCCCAGAACUCCUUCAGGGCAAAGUGUGCAGGUUUUUUGGAGUAGGCGACAUUGAGGUUCAUGGUACGUUUCUGCCAUAGGAAUGGCAUCAAUGAAUUUGGGCCAAAGGUACAUUUUUAAUCAGAAUUUGUUCUCUUAGUGUCUUAAAAUUCCUGCUCUGGAGGAUGUUGGAAGGGGGCAGAGGCUGCCCUGGCUGUGCCCUGUGCUCUGGAGCAGGGCUGGCUCUCACAGCUUGUGCCCUGUGGGAGUUCUGUGGCCGUUUUCCUUUUACACUGCGUUCAGGAAACACAAAUACUGUGGAUUUUGGAGCUGGGGCUCACCUGGAACGCCCUUGCAAGGUGACCCAGUCUUGCAGGGCUUUUUUCUGUCAUUCCAAGGAGGGCAGGGAGCGCUGGGGCUCCCCCUGCUCGGGUUCCUUGUGUAGCUGGGGGUUUGCUGGACACUCAGAACUUCCUGGGUGUCUCCGUGGGUUCGGGGGUGUUCUCCCUGUCCCAGACAGCGGGAGCAGCCACCACAGCUUCCCCUCUGGAAACUACACAGGGCUUUUCUUUGGUGAGCCCCUGUCAGAGAUCAAAAGAAUCAGAAGCCUUUUUGCACCUCUGGGAUUUACCAGGGUAGGGAGAGUCCGUAAAAGGCGUAGAGGGAAGCUGGAAAACCAAGAGAGCAGGAAGCAAAGGACCAAAGCUUCAUGAGGACCAAAGCUUAAAGCCUUCCAGCCUUGAUCCUAUGGAAAUAAACACUCCUACCUUUGGAAACUGUUGGAUUAUUGGGUCACCCCUGGCUCAGGGGUGAGUUUCUAACUCAGUUUUUCUACAGCAAAGCACUUUAUGGAGGGACUGGAGCAGCUGCAUGGACUCUCACCCUGUGAGCAGUCUGCUUGCAAUUGUCACAAACCACUGGAAAAUACUGGAGAUCCCAAAUACUGUAUUUGUGUAGCGAGGAGCAUUUUAAUAUAUUUGCAUGGAGAUGUAAACAUGCAUCAAAAAUCAGAAAAAAAACCUGUUAAUGAGAUUUUUAUUCAUGUUUGUUCCCGCUACCAAAGUCUGGAGCUUUACCGACAGAGCUGUCCCUCAUGGGCAGCCUGACCUCAGACAAGCCUUAGGAGCUGACAGUCGUGCUAGACUUUUGAGGUACUUUAAUCUCAUUUUAGUGUUAUUUGAGCAGCAAGGGCGUUCUCUCUUUUCUCCUGUGCCCUCUGCUCUGAGUGAAGGGUCCGAAACGCAGGCGGCCGUGCUGCUGCUGGUGGUGGUUUAAUUCUGAGUGGUGCCGCUUGGCCUUGCUGCAACCUCUGCUGCCUCUUGUGCCUUCUCGAGUGAGGAAGAUGAAGGAUUGAUUUGUUUCCUCCUCGUGCCUCCGUGGAUCUCUGGAUCCUGUACCUCACUGAUAAACUUCUCUUUUAGACUUUUUCUCUGCACAGAACCAAAGCAAUAAUAAUAAGUGCUCUUAGCAGAGAUGAAGCCUUAAACCCUUUUUAUACCAGUUCCAGCCGUGGCUGUCGGGUGGAUCCCGAGCUGUGCCAGGCUCUUGCCCCGGGGCUGCUGCAGCUGUGGAGCCUCUCCCUGAGCAGACCCAAGGCUGGGGGGCACAGGGGGGUCCCAGUCCUCGACAUUCCAAAAGCAUCACCCGACCCUCGUACCUCGUUUUUAUUGGCAGCACUCAUUAAAGCCUUCCUUGGUGUGAGGGGACUGGCAUUUUACAUCCCCAAGGGCCUUAAGAAUCAAAUGCAUUGUUUUAUUACUGAAGGAUCCGAAUGCACGUUCCCUGUUUGUACUCUCUGCUUUUAGCCCAGGUACUGUUUGUUUUUAAACACCUUUUGGUUUUAUGGAACACUAAAAU